CAUUUUCAUCCCAUGUCUUGUACUCGUUUUAAAAUUUAUGUGUAAAAUUCAGUGUUUCAGUGAACGUUUAAGGGAUAUUUCACGGAACUAAAUAUUUAAACACACGAAUUUCAACUUUCCUGAUUAGCUUGAAUAGCAUUUAAAACUCGCGCCAUCCGCGAAACAUUUCCAAGGAUUUCCUACUUCCUGUUUCAGUGACAGAAAAACUUAAAGGUCACCGGACCGUUUUAUUUUUUUCUUAAGUCACGACAACUUCUUCAAAAAAAUGACGGACCUCGAAUCGCCCCGUAAAAAUAACGACUGUUAUUUCUACUAUUACUCCACAUGUGCAAAGGGUGACAGUUGCACAUUCCGGCAUGAACCGUCUGCCUUAGGAUGCGAAACGAUGUGUUCAUUUUGGAAAGAAGGCAAAUGCCUAAAUGUUCACUGCAAUUAUAGACACAUGGAACUCAGGAAAAACAGAAAAGCAAUCGCCUGUUAUUGGGAGUCCCAACCUGGGGGCUGCCUUAAACAGCACUGUCCAUUCAUGCACCAGAACAAGAGUGAUCCAGAAUCUCCAGAGAAGACCGAUAGCAAUACAGAGAAACAGAACAAUGAAAGAUCUGUGCCUGAGAAAUGCCAGAAAAAUGACGUCUUCAAAAACUCGGGCGUCGACAGUUUAGUGGUGAAUUUUGAAGAAGAGUCCGACAGUGAAUCCAUGCCUUCACACAGCCCGUUAAAACAUCCAAAUCGACAAAUCAAGACAUUGGAUGAAAUCAAAUUGGAGAAAAUCCAGGCUGAAGCUGCCGCUUACUAUUCAUAUGGGGCCGAACAGUCCCCAUCAUCUGGUGACGAUCUCAGAAAACGUAUAAUGGAACGUUUGUCAAUAAAAGCACAACCACCAAUCGACACAGAAAAGCGACCGGCAAAAAGAAACCUAGAAGUAGAAAGUGAAACAAAACAUACCAAAAAACAGAAAAAAAAUGAACCAAAUGUUAAUGAGAUCAAGAUCAAAACUCUGGCGGAAAUACGAGCGGAAAGAAAUAAAAGGAUUCACGAUCAACCGACGGAUGCUGUGGUUUCUAAACGGAAACACUCCGAGAUCGUAUUUAAUGACCAAAAAGCGGUGGACGAAACGGAAGUAAGUAGUACGAGUUUAGAUGAAGACGUCAACAAACCAGCGGCGAGUCCACCAAAGAAAUUGAAAUUGAGGAGGAGACCUCUUAUUGUAGAGGAGAGUGAAAAGACAGUUGAAACUGUAUCUAACAGUGUUAAUAAUGAACGUGGUAACAAUGAAAAACUGGAAACUGAUCAAUCGCGUACUUCAGACAGAACUGAAUGUAAACCUCUUGGAACUGACCAGAGUGAUUUUAGUAAAACAAUGGAUGAAGUUCUAUUGUUGGAAGAUGAUGAAGACGAUAGUAAUGUUAGUAUUAGGGCAGAAGACGAUUUAUUAAAUGAGAUCGACAGUAUAUUAGAUGAAUAAGGAUAUGUUUUAUGUGAUGUACAUAUUAGUAAGACUACUCUUAUCAAUAAUUUAAAACUGAGUAUAGUUGCAUAAAGGCAAUUUUACCUCUUUCUAAAAUUUAUUUCAACCAAAAGAUACUAAAUAAGAUUAACAAUCUAUUAUAUGAUUAAGUACCUAUUUUAUCUGAUGUAUAUAAAUAACAUAUUUUAUAAAUUUGUACAAAUUCUGUUAUGAAUAAUUGUAAAUAAGAACAUAUUAAAUGUUUUAUGGCUGAA